CUCCAGGGGUUCAUCCAAGAGAGAGAAAACCAUACAGACUCACUGCCGCCAAGAUGCUGGUGCUGAGAGCAGAGGAGCUGGUAACAGGGAAGAAGAAUAGUAAUGGAGCCACAGGAGAAUUCCUUCCUGGGGAUUUCAGAGACGGAGAAUACGAAGCUGCCGUUGCCUUGGAGAAACAGGAGGAUUUGAAGACACUUCCAGUCCACCGUGGGAGCCUGGAGGAGCAACAACAGAGAAGUGAGAAACAGCGAGAGAUGGAGCUCAAAAAGAAAAAAUUAGAACAAAGAUCAAAGCUUGAAAACCUAGAGGACCUUGAAAUAAUCGUCCAACUGAAGAAAAGAAAAAAGUACAAGAAAACUAAAGUUCCAGUGGUGAAGGAACCGGAACCUGAAAUUAUUACUGAACCUGUGGAUGUGCCGAGGUUUCUGAAGGCUGCUCUGGAGAACAAGCUGCCAGUCGUAGAGAAAUUCCUGUCAGACAAGAACAGCCCUGACGUCUGUGAUGAGUAUAAACGGACCGCUCUCCAUAGAGCAUGCUUAGAAGGACACUUGGCAGUUGUGGAGAAGUUAAUGGAGGCUGGAGCCCAGAUUGAAUUCCGUGAUAUGCUUGAAUCCACAGCCAUCCACUGGGCAUGUCGUGGAGGAAACCUGGAUGUCCUGAAACUGUUGUUGAACAAAGGCGCCAAAAUCAGUGCCCGAGACAAGCUGCUCAGCACAGCGCUGCACGUAGCGGUGAGGACUGGUCACUACGAGUGCGCAGAGCACCUCAUCGCUUGCGAGGCAGAUCUCAAUGCCAAGGACAGAGAAGGAGAUACCCCGCUGCACGAUGCUGUGAGGCUGAACCGCUAUAAGAUGAUUCGGCUCUUGAUGACCUUUGGGGCGGACCUCAACGUCAAGAACUGUGCGGGGAAGACCCCCAUGGAUCUGGUACUGCACUGGCAGAAUGGAACCAAAGCAAUAUUUGACAGCCUUAAGGAGAAUGGCUACAAAACCUCCCGCAUAGCUACCUUCUAA